AUGACUAUUGAUGAAAAAGAUUUAUAUUGGGCUAAAGAAUUAAAUAAGCAUGAUCACAAGAUUUUUGAAGUUGAAGUUAUCAAUACUAUUAAGCUUAAAUUGAUUGAAGUUCUUGGAAAUAAAUUCUGGAAUCUUAAACCGUCAUUCCAAUCGUAUGUAUUGCGAGAUGGUGGUAAGCGUGCAUUGAUUGAUUUUACAUUUGAUGCUCUUAAUGUUGGAUUAGAAGUAGAUGAAGGCCAUCAUAAUAAUCAAAAAGAAGCUGAUGCAAAAAGAGAAAUAGAUAUUUUUGAAGCAAUGGCUUCAUGUGGUAGAUCUAAUUUUGAAAUUCGCAGAGUAGAUGUUACGCACGGAUAUGAAAAGAAAAAGCACGACAUUAAUGAAUUUUGUGAAUUAGUUAAAGCUCGUGUAAAAGAAAAUCCUGUAUUAAAAUGGGAUGAUGAACCAGGUUAUGUAAAAUAUAAAGUUGGUGACAGUAUUAAAUUUAAAGAUAUGUUUGAAUUUGUUACUAAAUCUGAUUUGUUUAAUACUUUACUUCAUACUACUAAAUGGGGCAAAGCAAAACCUGGGCAAAAAUCUAAAGUUGAACAAAUUUAUGAAAAAUUUGGUUUAACAUGUACAAAAUGUUCUAUUCAGUCGACUAAUCCUGAAAAAGAACUUUCUAAGUUAUAUCCUAAUCAGAAAUUUUAUAUUCGUCGUAAAGAUGGUUGGAAUUUGAAAGGUGAUGCUAAUGAAGUAAAAAAUCUUUCUAGAGUUUGGUAUAAUAAAUAUAGUCCAGAUUUUAAAACUAUAGAUAUGUAUACAAAUGAAGUAGAUUAUUCUGCCGAAGUUGGUAAUAAAAAUGAAAUUCAACAUAUCUUCAUUGAUAAAAAUGGAUUUGUUGUUUAUGUUGGCUCUUAUAAAGUAAAAGGCCUAGGCCAUAUCGCCAAUGUAUUCAAAAACAAAGGUUAUAAUGUUACUACAUGGGAUCUAAUCCAAAGAUCUUAUCCAUUAGAUAAACAACAAGAUUUUCUAAAUCAAAAUGAAAAAUUCGAUGGUGAUAUAGUUACUAAUCCUCCUUAUAAUCUUGCUUAUGAAUUUGUAAAUAAAUCAUUAGAUAUGAUUUCUAAUGGAAAUAAAGUAGUCAUGCUUCUUAAACUUACUUUCCUUGAAGGUAAAAAGAGAAGAAGACUAUUUGAUACUAAACAAUUGAAAAAUGUUUAUGUAUUUACCAAUAGAACUGCAUGUGCCAAAAAUGGUGACGAAAAAGAAUUUGAUAAAGGUUCUGCUGUUGCUUAUGCUUGGUUUGAAUGGGAAAAAGGUUAUAACGGGUUACCAAAGAUCCAAUAUUAUGCUAUAUUUUACUUGUUAAAAAAGAGGUUAAAUAUGAUAGCUUAUUUGAUUCAUCCGAAGGGUCGCUCUGACUGGUGGGUUGCUGCCGACAAGAAAUAUGAAGUUGCUGUUGGCAACGUAAGGCGUAACUAUUCAACUUGCUUCGAUGAAAAAUAUGCUAUGCGUUUUGAAAGUGAAGCAGCUGCUCGUGAAUUUAUUAACACAAUGAAUGACAACAUCGAUCGUCUGUGCUCUACUAUUGUUGCACGUGACGAAUAA